AUGGGGUUUUUGAACAAACUGUUGAGAAAAAAGACGCAAGAGGAAAAAGACGCGCUCAAGCCCGCGGAAUAUCCACCGAUCGGAACAAACUGGAGCAACUGGAAAAUCUGGGUUGAAACGAGCGACGAAAAUGCUGUUGAAAUGACACCGGAUUUCUACACUCGCCUUGGCCGCUCUGGAAUCAAAAUCGACGACGAAAAGUAUUACACAGUCGACGAAAUUCUCAACCUUCGAUUUGGUAAUCAAGCGAUGAGUGUUCAGCGGGAAAAGAAAGCGUUUGCGAUUGCGGCUCUUUUUUCGAUUGUCGUUGCUGACAAAACACACGAAAUUCUUCACAUCGGAAAAGAUCAACGAAACAGGUUCUGGCAUCCAAGAGACAAAAAAGCGCGAAGAGUCCAGUGGAUCAAGUCGAACGGCGAGGAAUUCGACCUUCAAGAGGCGCUCUGUAAUUUUUUCGCCGAGCAAAAUAACAAUCUGGGAGCGGAAGAUGCAAAACUCUUCUCGUACGAAGAAAACGAGUUCAUUGUGCGAAUUCUCGGCGAAACUGUUUAUUGA